CUCAGAGCCUCAGCCAUGCCCACGCUCACCCUGUGCCUACUAUGCGUCCUGGCCACGGCCGCCCGGCCUGCCUCUGCCGCUCCCGUUAGGGGCCUGGAGCCGGCCCAACACGAGGAGCUGACCCUCCUCUUCCACGGUGCCCUGCAGCUGGGUCAGGCCCUCAACGGUGUGUACAGGGCCACGGAGGCACGGCUGACAAAGGCUGGGCACAGCCUGGGCCUCUAUGGGCGUGCGCUGGGCCUUCUGGGGCAGGAGGUCAGCCGGGGCCAGGAUGCAGCCCAGGAGCUACGCACAAGCCUGCUGGAGAUGCAGAUGGAGGAGGAUGCCCUAAAGCAGCAAGCAGAGGCCACGGCCCGGGCACUAGGGGAGGUGGCCCAGGGACAGCAGGUGCUACGGGAGAGCAUGCAGCGGCUGGAAGUCCGGCUGAGAGGUGCUUGGCUGGGCCAUGCCCAGCAGGAAUUUGAGGCUUUAAAGGCCCACGCAGACAAGCAGAGCCACAUCAUAUGGGUGCUCACAGGCCAUGUGCAGCAACAGAGGCGGGAGAUGGUGGCCCAGCAGCAUCGACUACAACAGAUCCAGGAGAGACUCCAUACAGCGGCACUCCCGGCUUGAGUCUGCCUGGGGGGCGGAACUGAGGACCAGUCUACACUGAGGGAUGCUGCCAUGGCCGUGGCUCCCACACAAGGAGGAGCUGCCUGCCCCUUGGGGUCGCCAGGGCGCUGGGCCCUGCUUCUGGCCUGGAGAAGAGACAGAAGCAGGCGGGGACACAGGCAGAGGACAUGGCGCUGUUGAGGAGAUGGGGCAGGACAUGGGACCCUUCCCAUGUAUACACCCCUCCAUUAAAGCGGAGUAGAUACUUUGGCUGUCUGUGAGUGUCUGGGAGAAAAAGUACCUUGCUCUGUAAGAUGCCAUGACUAUCCCCCAUUCAAAUGCCCAGCUGGGCCUCAGGGGCUGUACCUGUAGCUCGUGUGGGGGGCAUAGACCUCACGGGCAGGGAACUCCAGGAUCUCCUUGGUGGGCCGGCCUCUGGGGUCUGGGUAGGGCUUGACAUGAAGCAGCUCCGGGGAGAGGCAGAAGUGUGGAUUCUCAGGGGCCGGGGAAAUGUCGAUCUUGAGCUGGGCUGGGGAGAGAGGGGAGUGUUUGCAAGGGCCUGGGAGCUUCCAACCCCUUUCCCACCCUCUGGGCUUUAGGGUGGGGGGCUCUGACGUCUCCAUGAUGCCCUCUAGUGGCUGUCCUUCAGGAGCUAAACCCAGAAGUCACCUCUGCUUGCUGUAUCUUGCCUCCACAUUCGAUCAGCUCCACCCUGGGGACCCCCGUCCCCACUGACACCGUGUCCCCCAUCUCACCCACUGUCUUAUGUUUCUUGUCUGUGACGCCCAUUAAAGAUCCAAUCCCUGGGGCGCCUGGGUGGCUCAGUCGUUAGGGGUCUGCCUUCAGCUCAGG